AUGCACGUGCCGGUUUUAUCACAAUUGCAUCAUAAUUUCUCAUUGCCGUCAAUUAAUAAUUCGAAUGAUACAUUACCAUCACUUUUUCAAGAUAUUAAUAUUGAUGGACCGAUUCGACCAUUAUUUUUAACUAUAUUAAUUACAUUUUGUUUAACAAUUAUUAUUCUUUUAACUAUACUCGGUAAUAUACUCGUUUUAAUCGCAUUAUGUAUUGAUUUUGCUCUUCGUUCACCCACUCAUUUACUAAUGGGUAAUUUGGCAUGUGCUGAUCUUUUGCUAGGUAUAACAGUUUUACCAUUUUCUGGUACACUUGAAAUUCUUCAUGGUAAUUGGUUAUUUGGUAAAAAAUUUUGUCAUAUAUGGUUAGCUAUUGAUGUUCUUUAUUGUACAGCAAGUAUUUAUGGUUUAAUGUUUAUAUCUAUUGAACGUUAUAUUGGUGUAACACGUCCAUUACGUUACCCAAUUAUUGUUACACAUCGUCGUACAAUGUAUGCAAUAUUAUUAGCAUGGAUAGUUGCUGCUCUUAUAUCAAUGGCACCAUUUUUAGGUUGGCAUAAUAAAAUCAAUGCAAGUGAUCAUACUUGUGAAGUUAAUGAUGAUUUAUCCUAUGUUUUCUUUUCAUGUUCAUUUUCAUUUUAUAUUCCACUUAUUAUUAUACUUUGUGUAUAUGGACGUAUUUAUGGUGAAGCUAAUCGACAAUAUCAAUUUUUAACUGGUGGACAAAAAAAAGUUCAUUUAAAUCAAACUCCUGGAGAAGAAGCAGUUACAUUACGUAUACAUUUACCAAAACAUAUGUCAUCGAAUGGUAAUCAUACGCAAACAUCAUCAAAUGGUAGUCAAAUAACAACAACGGGUUCAAAUAAAAUAUCACGAUUAAGACGUGAAAGAAAAGCUGCUAAAACUUUAGGAAUCGUUGUUGGAAUGUUCAUUUUAUGUUGGUUACCCUUUUUUCUUCUAUUACCAAUUAAAGCAUUGACAUCUGUCAAACCGGGUGCAAUAUUUUCGAUUUGUUUUUGGUUAGGUUAUUGUAAUUCAUGUUUUAAUCCAUUUAUAUAUGCAUUUUCUAGUCGAGAAUUUCGAAAAGCAUUUAAAGCAAUAUUAAGAUGUCAACGGAUACAACAAUAUAAACCGUCGACAAAUUCAUCUGGAAAAUCAUCACGAAUGAGUGAUCAUUUACGUUCGAAAAGUAGCCGUGAAACAAGUAGUUCUCUUGCAUUACGUAAAUCGGAAUCUACAAUAAGUCGUGGAACAUCAAAUGAUAGUCAACGACAUAACACAUCAUCAUCAAAAACAAAUCGAAACAUUGCGAACGAUUCGAAACAAAUAUUGCGGCAUGAAUCUAUAACAAAUCAAACUAUUCCAAAAUCAUUAUCAGCAUCCGAUAAUACAAGUCCAUGGCAUCGUCGAAAGCCAGAAAAUGUCAGAUAG